GCGCUAUUUCGUAUACUGCGUUACAAUGCAGUCGGUGUUCGCCUCACAAGUCAUAUUUUCAAAAAGUUACUAGGUGCAUUAAUCAGUCCCUUAUUUUGUCGUUGGAAUGGAGAAAGAAAGAAUAAAAAGUGUCAUCGAAUUCUUCUCUACUCCACUGGAUGAAGAAGAGCUAAUCGAUGGAGAAAGUAAACCUGAUGAACUGUACACUCUCUGUGAUGAUCCCAUGCAAGUACCCAUCAAACUCAUCGACGAACAACUAAGGUUCGUUAAUCUUGCAACAGUUCAAGACCUUUUUGUUGACAAUUCAGGAUUUCUUGUUGUUGGCGCCAUCGGUUUACAGGGUUCAGGUAAAUCAUCUGUGUUAAAUAUUUUGGCGAAUUGCAUUUCUGACGGUUGUGGAGUUUUUGAUGGUCCUUUUAAUAUUCAAACUCUCAAGGAUGUAGUAACUAACAGCCCGUGUACUGCUGGUAUUAACUUAUAUAUUACACAAGAUCGUGUAAUUCUUCUGGAUGCCCAACCUCUUCUUUCAUUUGCACUCACCAACUAUCACACUCACUUGGUUGCUACUGGUAAUAUAACAUCAUCAUCUUCGAGUACUCAUCCAGGGCUUUCAUCUCUUACAGGUCCUGGUAAUUGGAACAUGGAUAUUUGGGCUGAAAUGGCUUCUAUGCAGAUUGUCGCCUUUUUAAUAAAUGUAUGCCAUGUUGUACUUGUUGUCAGUGAUAAUUUAACUACUGCUUCAACUCAGUUACACCGGCUUAUCGAUAGAGCAAUAGGUCUAAAACCAACUGUUUUUACACCGAAUGCCAUGCCAAUCCAUGCAUUACGCGGUCGUAAACACUCUGAUAUACAGAAAAAGUCAUCAGAUAAUAAGAAUUGUACAGAUAUAAAAAAAUUGACAACUAGUGUACAAGGUUUACAAAUUUCUAAUGUAAAUAAAACUAAUCCAUCUAUUAUCAGCAAAGAUAAUAAAAGUUUAGAAGUUGAAGAUGUUGACAUUUCAUCUUUGUCUGAACAACAACAAUUUAUUGGGAAUUAUUCUACAUCAAAUAACAUUCUUGGACAAUAUCUUCAUUCUACUGAAGCUGAGUCUAAAGAUGUUUCAAAUGCAAUCAAUCGACUGAUAAAUUUAACUGAUUAUUCAGCCUCAUUAAUUCAUGUAUAUAAUCAGGCCCCAGCAGCUGCGUUUCUUGACCCGGUUGUGUGUGAAAAAUUAGAUAGAUAUAGGAAUAAAAUACUACCACUUAUGUACCCAGAGUACAGAAGGUUAGUAUCACUUGUUACUGUUGGUCCAAGAAUUUUAUCCGCUCACCUUCAGUCACGAAGUCGUGAUCAACCUACAACUGCACGUCAAAACUCUGCACAAGAUGAUACUCCUACUGAAAUAAAUCGAAACACUACUGACGUAAAGCUAACUAAAAACAGUUCCGAAAAUCGUUUAAUCCCUGACAAUUUUAUCGCGCAAAAUUAUUCAGGUUUUCUUGAUACUCAGGAAAAUUCUGUCGUACCUACUCCAUCAGGACUUUCGGAACCGUCCUCAGUUUCAUCAGACAAAGGACUUGCAUCAUCACAAAAGCCUUCGAAUAUCAGCGCAGAAACGUUGACUUCAGUAGAAGUUAAUAAUGAGUCAAAACCUAAUCCAACCCACUGUUUAACUUCAUUAAAUACAAUUCAAGAAAAAUCCAAACCUUUUUCUGGUGAAAAACUUGAUGGGUACUUUCCCUUGAAUAACAGUAACAAUAAUAGUAAUAAUUGUGUUAAAAAAUUUGGCUUAUCGGAAUCAGAGAUAGUAUCGCAGUGUUGCAAUGUUUUGCACAAUGUAGAAGAUGAACUCAAUUCUAUUUUAAAACAUACUAACUUAUCCGCUGGUGUGGACCAUCACAAGAAGAUUGUAGAGAAACGAUCAGGAAUAUUACCGGUCGAAGGUCAGCGCCCUGAUAAUGAUUUACUACAUAUACCUGGUAUUAAUGGUGAGAAGUUGAAUGCCAGUCUUGUUCAAAUGUAUCAUGAUGUACAGACUACUAGAUGUAACUUUUUCGAUGUUCAAAGGCGAUUAGAUCAACCAAGAUUAUUCUUGAUACCAGAAGUUGACGAUGAAGGUUAGUAGUUAUGUUAAUGUACUAAAAAAAUUCAUUGUCGAAAUGGAAACAUGUGCGAUGUAAAACAUAUACCUAAUUCCAAUCAAACAUUGACGUAUGGUUUUAAGCAAUCAACUUUAGACGACUGAAUGUCAUUUCGAAUGCUUCAUUUUGAGCAGCUAGGUAGUAUCAGUAGCCGUCAUACAAAUAGAACUUUAGUUUGCAUUCUAUGUUUUCUUAUGCUCAUCCUUAUGGCAUUAGUUCUUAAGCUUUAGGUUAUCCAUAAAGGUUUGCAUUAUAUGAUUAAAGAAAAUCAAUAAAAAGCAUUCAUUACUGUUAGAGAAGAUUUUUUAUAAGUUUUCUCUAGUUCGAAAUGUCAGUUAACUGAGUGUUAAAUGUUUUGCUUAGUUUAAUAAAUAACCCACGUGAUUAGACUCCAUCCUAAGUGCUUUCACUGUGUGAUUUUUUGGAAUUAAGCUUAUCUAGAUUGUUUUUUAAGAGUUUAGAUCGAAAUCUUUUUAGUUACUAUGACAAAUUUCGUUGAUAUUGCAUGUCAGAUUUCUUCUGUUUCUGAUGUAGUAUAUUCGAAAUUUUCCAUUUAACUAGAAAUACAUUUGAUAAGCACUCUUAUAUUUUCACGUUCAUCAUAAUACGGGUGGUAUGUCAAGCAAAGUGUGAUUGAUUAGCGAAUGACGAUUGACAUCUAGAUAUGGUAAAUGCAUGGGACAUUAUAAAUAUUGAAAUAUAUUUCUUACUAUUAGUCCCACUGUGUGUAGACUCCUUGUAUAUGUCCUAACAAAACUGGCCUAUAAUCUGGUUCUUAAUUGUUGGCUAGAGUUUCUUAUCUACGUGUCACCUGAUCUAGUUUUCCCAGUCUGUUAUUCAAUCUCGUGUCAUUGUAUCGUCGUAUUCCGUAUAGGAGUACAAGUUUAUUUUGCCGUCACAUUAACAUAUUAACUAGGAGGUGUAUCCCUAAUGUAUCUAAAACAAAGUCUAUUAAGCAUAUUCUGAUAUUGAGUAUUAUGAUUUUCAAUAGUUGAGAUCAUGAGUCAAUUGGAGCUAGACCACCAUGGAAAACCUGGAAGCACUGGAUGGCCGUUUUGUCUUAUUGUGAGACUCCUCAGCGGUGUGCAUCCACGACCCCUCCUUGCGGGAUCCGAACCCAGGACCUGCUGGUCGCGCUCGAGCGCUUAACCAAUAAACCACUGAGCCGGUACUCAACGGUGUCAAUGUCUAACUUCAACUAAUCCACGAAGUUGAGCGACAUAUCCACCAUUGUCAUUAGUGAGUUACUAUCUCACAACUGACCCGGUUGAACUCCACUGGUCACUGCUUCUCAAUAGAACUCCAGGAUAAACAUCUUGAAGCCAGUCACUAGUGAACAUAUGUUGAUUAUUAUCAGUAGGAGGUUUUGUAUUAUGCACUAACAGUGAGUAAUGAGAUAACUGGGUUACAAAUAUCUAUCCCUAUUCUGCGAAAUCAUUGCACCUUCUUAUAGAUUUCCAAGUUCUUAUUCAAAUUAAAUAUCAUAAAUAAUUUGUCUGCUACUCAAACGCUUGGUGCUAAUAUCCUAUCCUCUUUCUAGGUUUCUCAGAUACUCCUAGACUUGAAUCCUUUAGGGUAGAGAAAAGGGGAGAAGUCAGAAUAGAAACCUUACUUCUAGAUUAAUUUAUGUGUAGAGAACAAAUUUAUUUGUAGGUUUACGGGUAGCGUUGAUCUAUUAGGAGCUUUGGGUAAUACAUUAAAAUUAUUAGCGAAACGGGUAAUUAUGCAAUCGAAUCAUGACAUAUCCUUAGUUUUUCCGCAAAGUUUCUAUUCAAUGUUGAUUGGGCGAAAUUAUUUUAGUCCUUUUCCGGCUUCUGGGGACAUGCUCAGUCGAUUUUGGGCGACUCUUAGUAGUUUAUGGAAAAUUUUGAUACUAAACGAAGUUUAUUUGGUUUUUGUAAAUAGAAGUCUUCCACAAUCCGAAUUUCGACUACAUGCACUUCAAUCUGUUUCGGAUAAUGCUAGAAGUUUUUAAAAGAAAUAGAAUUGAUGGUAUGUUAUCCAUUAUCGAUGUAUUGGUUUAGUUUCAAAUAUCCAGCAUUAACGAAAUCAACCUAGGUUUUAUGUUGUUUAAGUUUGGCUAAAUAAGUUAUUUUAAACAUCGUACAAUUUGAGCAUGUGCAAAUUGGACUUUAAAAUUUUUAAUUUCUCCAUUUGCACACAUUCUUAGGACAUUCACCAUUAGGGUGUCCAACAUACUUAACAUCAGCCCGUAUCUUACAAGAAGCUGUUUUCUCUACACCUCGACAGCAUAUGAUGCCUAAUUUUACAGAGAAGAAAUGGAUAACAUAUGUUCAUAAAAUGUGGGAUGCUGUAAUACAUUCCCCUUUGUUCCUCGAUUAUCAUUCCGUUCGGAUGAAUCAGAUUUAAGUGUUGCUACUUUUGAAAAACUGUUUAAUACUAUAUUUUAUUACAGUAAUUUAUCUUUACAUGAAAUAUAAUUACACUUUU